CGUCCGUUGACGAGCGUUUCUCGCAACGCUUCCUCAAAUCGCGAUUUUCCUGGAAUACUGAAUAUGGCACAGCAGUCCCACAGUCGACCUAAAGCUCCACCGAUGACGUCGAGGUCUCCAAGCGCCCCCAGUAGCGUGAGGACACCGGGCGUGGAAGAGGAAGUGGAUGCCCCGACGGCGGACAACUCUGGCGCCACGACGCCCCUCGGCCGACACUCAGCUUACAGGCACAGGCACCGAGCCGGGAAAGUGAUAAGGAAGCCAUCGAUGUUCGCGGACUUUGUCGCCAGGUUGACCCCGUCGCCGGCACCGGUCAGGCUGACUGUGACAGCUACUGAAGCUCAGGAACGAAGAUUCCCAGUUUCCGGCUCGCACUCUCAAAAGCCCCGGCAGCGGCUCGACGACAGGGGUCUCCAGAACCUCCUGAGUACCCUGCACACGCCGGCCACCAGCUCGCCCUCUUCUCGAGUCAAGGGUGCUGGAGCCGCCAGCAGUGUCAGCAGCGCCCGUAGUUGGGCGCAGGGCCUGUACGCGGCGCGACCGCUCGUGUCCAUGUUCGGCGCUGCCUGCGCCAUCAUGCUGCUUCUCACUCUGGUGCUCUGGCUGAGCAGCGCCUACAGCGACCGAACCAGCUCGCACUGCGACACGCUCGAGUGCCGUUACUACAGCCAGUACCUCGACGACAUCGCGAACACGUCGGUCGACCCUUGCCACGACUUUUACAUGCACGUCUGUUCUCGCUGGGUGUCUCGCGACCGGCGCUCGGUCAAGCAAGCCGUGUACGAGGAGUAAGUGAGGGAGCGCCUGCCGACGUGGGAUCGAAAUUUCGAAGUUGCCCGGCCGCUCUCGUGACAUCGUGUUUAGUGAAAGCUUUAGCGUAGAGCAUAAAAAAUGA